GUCAUCUCUUUCCCAUGCCAUCACUUGACUUUGAGUCAUCCUCCUUGACUGCAACAACCAUUCUUUUCUCUUCCUUAAUUGACUUUGAGUCAUCCUGUAGAGCCUGUCCAAAUACCCCUCCCCCCCUUCAUUACUUUCGCUAGUUCUAGUGGUGAAUUUAAAUUUCAUCUAAUGGCAUCCAACUUUCUCACUUCUUCACGUAGCUCUAGCUCCUCAUGGACCUCUCAGGAGAACAAACGGUUCGAAAAGGCCCUGGCUGUAUAUGACAAGGACACCCCUGAUCGCUGGCAAAAGGUUGCCAGAGCCGUGGGUGGAAAAUCUGCAGAUGAGGUGAAGAGGCACUAUGAUAUCCUCAUAGAGGAUGUCAGGGACAUUGAGUCUGAUAGAGUCCCAUUUCCCAAUUACAGGCAAAGUGGAAAGAACGGCUAGAGAUCUUGAAGUAUCUAAGGUUCCCAAGUUCAAGACGAUCUUAUUGGAUAUCAUAAGCACAUUUCAUGGAGGAAUCGAAUUAAAUCAAGUUCUUAUGUUGUUCUGUUUUUUCCCCUUAUGUGUACAUUUUGUUUCUGUCUUUCUUGUCCAAUUGUCUAACUAGCUAGUUUACUGUUUUGUUGUUUUCCCUGUAUGAAGCAAAUAUCAUUAAAUAAAAAUUUGAUCGCAUGGUUUACCACUUUAUCAAAAA